CUUCAUCCUCCCGACCUUCUCCUCGGUCGCUUCUCCUACACACCUCUCCUCCGAUCCGGUCGCGUGGUCCCCCCCCCGUCUCUCUCUCCCACCAUGCAGCUCUGGCACUCCGUUCUCCAACUCUCCCUGCUGGCCUCCGCCGCCAUCCCCUCCGCCGCGGCAGCUACCUGGGGAUUUACUGAUGCCACCGUGUCAGUUAACACCAAGGGCGCUGGCGUCGGUUCCGGCGUGAAGGAGACGAUUCCCGAUAACAAAGCUCUCUCCUCGCCCGUCGCUCUCGGAGUCGCCGAUACCUUGAAGUUCACCCUGACAGCCCAGGAGGGAAGCUCCGAAAAGCGCGCCCACCAGGUGUCCCUGCUCCUCCAAGACCCCGAGACUGGGUUGGACAUCUCCUACCCGUUCAAAGUUAAGGACAAUGGCAAGUCCCGACUCGACUUGACCCAGAAAGACCUUCCCGUCCAAUUCCUCUCCGUCUCCGAGCCUCUUGACGCCCGCCUGUUGAUCGGAUCCUUUGGCGACGCCGCCGCCUACGAUGGCGCGGUCUUCCAGCUGGCCGUGGCCCGCAACCCCGACGAGCCUGUCCCGAAGGCCGAGGCGGUGCCGCGCUACGGAAAGCUCCCUGAGAUCCACCACAUCUUCAAGGCCGAUGCCCAGAGCCCGCCCAUUGUGGUCUCGCUGGUCUUCGUCGCGCUGGUGCUCGCUACUCUGCCCGUUCUGGGUGGUCUGUGGCUCCUCCUCGGCGCCAACGUCAACCACCUGCCCACGGCCCUCAAGUCGGCGCCCGUCCCCCACGCCGUGUUCCUCGGCUCCCUGCUCUCGAUCGAGGGCAUCUUCUUCCUGUACUAUACUUCCUGGAACCUCUUCCAGAUCCUUCCGGCGGUCGCGGUGGCCAGCACCGUCGCGUUCGUCAGUGGCAGCCGCGCUCUGGGCGAAGUCCAGGGCAGACGGCUUGCCGGACUCAGGUAAACUCGCCAGUGCUGGAUUACGGGCGUGGCUGAGAGGAGUGUUUGUAUGGACGUGCUUGGAGCGACAAGCCUGCUGCGAGCCUGCUGUAUGGCUGGCAAAUACUGAAAAAUAAGAGAGUAUUGUAGAAUUAAGUGCCUAGGUGUUGA